AUGAAUUGUAAUUCUUUAAAGAAUCAGCGCCUACAGCAUACUAAAGGGAAGUUUAAGCCAUCUCUAGGCUGUGUCUGCAGCCUUGAUGAGGCUCUAGAGACCCAUGAGGCCUGGGAGAUUAAGAAGAGGGAGAAAGAUGAGAAAUCUAAGGCUGUAGAGGCCUAA